AUGUCGACGGUCGAGUAUUUGAGGGAGUUUGUAAACGAGAGACUAACCGCUGCUGCUGAAGAAAUAUUCGGAGUUUUUCAAAGAACCAUCGUGGAGUACGAGACCGAAAUUGAUCGACAGCGCAGACUGCUGGACAUCAUUUGGAAACCCGAAAUAAAGCUGCACAGAAUAGGUUUGUUCAUACACUUAACCUCACUAAAUAAGAGUAUGUUUUUUGUACAGUUUUAUGCACCAGCUCUAAUUCAGGUAAAUGUAUUGGGCUUCAUCAUCUCCACACAUCUUUACUUCUUUUGAACAUGUUUGUGUCCUGCAGAGCUAAAUGCUCCGAAAGAGGAGGAUCUGUCUGACCAGCAGCUCUGCAACCAGGAGGGGAAGUCCACUCUGGACCAGGACUCAGAGCCUCCACAGAUUAAAGAGGAACAGGAGGAUCUCCACUGCAGCCAAGAAGGAGAGCAACCUGAAUUGAAGGACGAAAAUAGUACUUUCAUUUUGACCUCUUCUUAUGAGGAGAGCAACCAAAGAGAGCCAGAGCUAAAAAUUGAUAUAGGGUUUCUCUCUCAAAACUUGUGUAAUGCUGAAAAUCAGGUCCACAAAGAUGACAAGCGUGAAUUUAGUGAAGGAUUCGAGACUAAUCUUGAGCUGGAAAAUAACAACCAGCAAUAUAAAACAGAUAGUAACAGUAACAGUAGGUGUCAUUCCAAAACAGGUGAUAGACCUAACUUGUGCAAAAUCUGUGGCAAAACUUUUGCUUGCAAAUCUAAAUUGAGUUUACACGUGAGAAGCCACACAGGAGAGAGGCCGUAUCAUUGCAUGACGUGUGGAAAGAGAUUCUCUGACAUAGCAGGAUUGAAACGACACCUCAGAAUUCACACAGGUGAGAAGCCAUACCCGUGUGAAAUAUGCGGGAAAGACUUCAGGCAUGUCAAUGCUAUGAAAGUUCACAUGAGAACACACACAGGGGAGAGACCGUAUUCUUGCCAGACCUGCGAGAAAAGAUUCUGUGACUUUUCAGCGCUGAAGAGGCAUCGUCAGAUUCACACGGGUGAGAAGCCGUUUACCUGCAAAACAUGUGGCAAAGCUUUUCAACAGAAAAGUUCUUUGAUAGUCCACAUUAGGGUCCACACAGGAGAGAGACCGUACUUUUGCAGAGUAUGUGGAAGAGACUUCAAGCAUACUAGCACCUUGUUGAUUCACAUGAAAACUCAUACUAAAGAAAAGAACACCCAAACAGUGAAAGGAGGUAAUUUUACUCUGUCUCAGUUGUAAAAGGAUGUUGGAUCACAGACAAACGAGGAGUCUUUCAUUAUCUGUACAUGUAGAUCAUUCAGCCUGUGGUGGCUGAAAUUCAAGAUGUCCCAACAGCAAAGAGUAACAUGAAUGCAGCACAAGUGGGGAAAUAUUUUACUUGGUUUAAUGAUGUUUGAAAAUUCUAUUAAGAAGAAAUUAUUAAGCUCAAACUCACAUGAAGAUGAGAUUUCUGUAAAAAUUAUUGAACUUUUUAAACAUGGUCUUUGCAGCUUAGUGUCAAAUGUAUUAAGUCUGAAUAUUACAAUAAAGAUUCACUUUUAUCUAUUGUAAUCUGGUACAAAUCUAACAAUGACUAUUUUUUAUUUCUUUUUUUAGAAAUUAAAUUUUAUUUGCAUUUUUUUAACAUAACAGACAAAAGAAUAAGGUCAUUCAAAGAAAAAGAUUAAAUAAGAACAAGCAAACACAAAACAUGGUGUCAUUCACAGAGAAGAAAAUAAAAUUGUCCAUGUAACCUCCAUCAAAGUUGUCCAUUUUUUAAAGUAAUGUGAAUAGAUUUAUAUUUGUUCCAUUUUUCCCAUUUUCAGGUGUGUGUUACUUGCUGAAGUUGUAGAGUGCGUGUUUGUUUCUUUAUUACCUCCGCCAAGGAGGUUAUGUUUUCGGUAGCGUUGGUUUGUUUGUCUGUUAGCAACUUUACGGAGAAAGUAACAGACGGAUUGACCUGAAAUUUUCACCAGAGGUGCAUCUCAGCCCCAGGAGGAUCCCAUUAAAUUUUGGUGGUGAUCCGGACAAAAUUCUGGAUACUGUGAUCCAGAACACACAAAAAUAAGGGUGUCAUUGGAAUUUUCAAUGCUGAAAGAUAAGGAAUGGGCGGCACAGAAGUGUUCAUGGGCAGCACAGUGGUGUAGUGGUUAGCACUGUCGCCUCAUAACCAGAAGGUCCUGGGUUCCAAUCCCGGUCAGGGCAAUUCUUGUUUUAGGAACAUUAUGAACAGUGAACAUACCAGUUUAAACACAAAUAAACGUUAAUGAAAGACACGUAACAGUAAAAGUUUUGGUGUGAAUCACAAUAUAAGGGGGGGCAUUAGCUCCUUGGCGGAGGUCUGCGCUCUCCGAGUGCUUUUCUAGUUUCAUAUACACUCACCGGCCACUUUAUUAGGUACACCUGUCCAACUGCUCGUUAACACUUAAUUUCUAAUCAGCCAAUCACAUGGCGGCAACUUAGUGCAUUUAGGCAUGUAGACAUGGUCAAGACAAUCUCCUGCAGUUCAAACCAAGCAUCAGUAUGGGAAAGAAAGGUGAUUUGAGUGACUUUGAACGUGGCAUGGUUGUUGGUGCCAGAAGGGUUGGUCUGAGUAUUUCAGAAACUGCUGAUCUACUGGGAUUUUCACGCACAACCAUCUCUAGGGUUUACAGAGAAUGGUCCGAAAAAUAAAAAAUAUCCAGUGAGCGGCAGUUCUGUGGGUGGAAAUGCCUUGUUGAUGCCAGAGGUCAGAGGAGAAUGGCCAGACUGGUUCGAGCUGAUAGAAAGGCAACAGUGACUCAAAUAACCACCCGUUACAACCAAGGUAGGCAGAAGAGCAUCUCCGAACGCACAGUACGUCGAACUUUGAGGCAGAUGGGCUACAGCAGCAGAAGACCACACCGGGUGCCACUCCUUUCAGCUAAGAACAGGAAACUGAGGCUACAAUUUGCACAAGCUCAUCGAAAUUGGACAAUAGAAGAUUGGAAAAACGUUGCCUGGUCUGAUGAGUCUCGAUUUCUGCUGCGACAUUCGGAUGGUAGGGUCAGAAUUUGGCGUCAACAACAUGAAAGCAUGGAUCCAUCCUGCCUUGUAUCAACGGUUCAGGCUGGUGGUGGUGUCAUGGUGUGGGGAAUAUUUUCUUGGCACUCUUUGGGCCCCUUGGUACCAAUUGAGCAUUGUUGCAACGCCACAGCCUACCUGAGUAUUGUUGCUGACCAUGUCCAUCCCUUUAUGACCACAAUGUACCCAACUUCUGAUGGCUACUUUCAGCAGGAUAAUGCGCCAUGUCAUAAAGCUGGAAUCAUCUCAGACUGGUUUCUUGAACAUGACAAUGAGUUCACUGUACUCAAAUGGCCUCCACAGUCACCAGAUCUCAAUCCAAUAGAGCAUCUUUGGGAUGUGGUGGAACGGGAGAUUCGCAUCAUGGAUGUGCAGCCGACAAAUCUGCGGCAACUGUGUGAUGCCAUCAUGUCAAUAUGGACCAAGCUCUCUGAGGAAUGCUUCCAGCACCUUGUUGAAUCUAUGCCACAAAGAAUUGAGGCAGUUCUGAAGGCAAAAGGGGGUCCAACCCGUUACUAGCAUGGUGUACCUAAUAAAGUGGCCGGUGAGUGUAGUUCUUCCACCGUGUCCAGACAGUUUUUCUGAUUGGGUGGAUUCUCCUUACACCAGUUCCUCGUGAUGGCCUUCUUUGAUGCUGCAAGAAGUAUUUCAGUCAAGUCUUUAGUUUGUAUGUUUUCCUGCGUAAGAUUGCCCAGGUACAUUGCCUCGAAGGUUAUGGGGAGCUUGUAACCAAAUAUUUUUCUUAUUCCUUUGUCUGUUUCUUCCCAAUAGUAAGUUAUUUUCUUGUAGCACCAAAAUAUGUGUUGAAAUUCUUUAUUGGGAAUACCCAUUGAGAUGAACCAUCUCGUUUUCAAGGGGGUCCGCAAUGCAGACACAUGAAAAUCACAUACAAAAAAGCAAUACAGAAACAAAAUAGGCAAAAAGAAAUAUAAAUCACAAUAGACAUCAUCACAGAUUCAGACACCUCAACUAAAGACAAGGACUUAGUCAAACAAACAACUAUAACACAACACAAAACACAAGGUACAAAUAGGGGUCAUUGCAUAACAGAUCUGAUAUACAGAAUACAGAAUACUGAUGCCUUAUUGAAAACAUGAGCAAGUAGUCUCGUAAUAAGAUGACAGUGCAGUUUUGAACAGUUUAAAAGAGGAAAUAGACCGAAUAUGUAUCGGUAGGUUGUUCCAAUCAAAAGCUGCUUUGAACUUGAAGGAUUUUUUAGAGACUGCUUUGAAUAAGGUAGGAGUGACAAAGAAGACGUGAGCAAUGUCUAAGUUGAUGUCUAGAGGUGAUUUGAUUCAUAUAUUGUUUUAAGUAAAGUGGAUAAUCAUAGUAAAUGCAUUUGAGGAUGAAUUCCACAUUUGAAAUGAAUGGAAAAUAUAUGGGUAUGAUCAACAUCCAGUUCUCCACAGUUUCUCCAGCAGGGCUGUGGGACCUGCAGAAUUUUUUUCUUUAUACUUGGAGUGGUGAAAAAUCUGACAAUGUUUCUCCAGUGUCUAGAAUUAGAAGUCCUCAUCCUGCACAUAUCAUACCAUUCUUUUUCAGUUAUUUCCCUCUUAAUUUCCCUAACCCAAUUAUCCCUUAUGUAUAGAGUUGAUGUUGGUCUGCUACUCACCAGACUUUGGUAUGGCACCAAUGCAGAUUGGUCUUUUAACUUGAUUUGUGUAUGUGUUGCAUAUUGUAACAAUCAGUCCGUUCCGCUCUCCUUGGAGAUCUGGCUUAAUCUCUUUAUCAAAAGGGACUCUGACCUGUAGAUACAUGAAAAAGUCUUAUUUGUCCAAAUCAUAUUCUCCUCUUAGUUUUGAAAAGCUUUUGACUUCUCCCUUUUCAGCAAUUGUAUUAUCGUUACAACUUUCUUUUGGCAUUGUUUGAACUUGUGGUUCAAAGCCCCUGGUUUAGAAUUUUCAUCGUAUGCCAACCUUCAAAAUCUUUAUUUCUUUUUCAGGUUGAAUUUCUUAACUACUUUGAACCAGAUUUCCAAGGUGAACUUAGUGAGUGGAUCCAGUCUUUCCUCUUUUUCUUUAAACAUUCUUCUAUCUGUUAUCAUACUCUGUAUAUGACAUCCUUCCACAUUCAACUCAAUCUCUUUCCAUCUUGUAAAAUAAUAUCUAUUACACCAACAAACCAAGUGCUGAAGGUCUGUAGCAAAAAAAAAUUCUUUAAGAUUUGGCAGUGCCAAUCCCCCCCUGUCUUUUAGUAAUUGAAGUGUUUUAGAUCUGAUUCUUGGUCGUUCCCCUCUCCAGAUGGAUCUUGAAAUUGUUUUAUCCCGCUCUUAAAAUUGCAGAGGUGGGAUUGGCACCGGCAAGGAGUGGAACAGAUACAAAAUUCUUGGUAGUACAUUCAUUUUUAUGAUUUCAAUCCUUGAGCUAAAGUCAAACAUCAGUACCGACCAUCUUUCAACGUCCAUAUACACUCACUGGCCACUUUAUUAGGUACACCUGUCCAACUGCUCGUUAACACUUAAUUUCUAAUCAGCCAAUCACAUGGCGGCAACUUAGUGCAUUUAGGCAUGUAGACAUGGUCAAGACAAUCUCCUGCAGUUCAAACCGAGCAUCAGUAUGGGGAAGAAAGGUGAUUUGAGUGACUUUGAACGUGGCAUGGUUGUUGGUGCCAGAAGGGCUGGUCUGAGUAUUUCAGAAACUGCUGAUCUACUGGGAUUUUCACGCACAACCAUCUCUAGGGUUUACAGAGAAUGGUCCGAAAAAUAAAAAAUAUCCAGUGAGCGGCAGUUCUGUGGGCGGAAAUGCCUUGUUGAUGCCAGAGGUCAGAGGAGAAUGACCAGACUGGUUCGAGCUGAUAGAAAGGCAACAGUGACUCAAAUAACCACCCGUUACAACCAAGGUAGGCAGAAGAGCAUCUCUGAACGCACAGUACGUCGAACUUUGAUGCAGAUGGGCUACAGCAGCAGAAGACCACGCCGGGUGCCACUCCUUUCAGCUAAGAACAGGAAACUGAGGCUACAAUUUGCACAAGCUCAUUGAAAUUGGACAAUAGAAGAUUGGAAAAACGUUGCCUGGUCUGAUGAGUCUCGAUUUCUGCUGCGACAUUCGGAUGGUAGGGUCAGAAUUUGGCGUCAACAACAUGAAAGCAUGACUCCAUCCUGCCUUGUAUCAACGGUUCAGGCUGGUGGUGGUGGUGUCAUGGUGUGGGGAAUAUUGUCUUGGCACUCUUUGGGCCCCUUGGUACCAAUUGAGCAUCGUUGCAACGCCACAGCCUACCUGAGUAUUGUUGCUGACCAUGUCCAUCCCUUUAUGACCACAAUGUACCCAACUUCUGAUGGCUACUUUCAGCAGGAUAAUGCGCCAUGUCAUAAAGCUGGAAUCAUCUCAGACUGGUUUCUUGAACAUGACAAUGAGUUCACUGUACUCAAAUGGCCUCCACAGUCACCAGAUCUCAAUCCAAUAGAGCAUCUUUGGGAUGUGGAGGAACGGGAGAUUCGCAUCAUGGAUGUGCAGCCGACAAAUCUGCGGCAACUUUGUGAUGCCAUCAUGUCAAUAUGGACCAAGCUCUCUGAGGAAUGCUUCUAGCACCUUGUUGAAUCUAUGCCACGAAGAAUUGAGGCAGUUCUGAAGGCAAAAGGGGGUCCAACCCGUUACUAGCAUGGUGUACCUAAUAAAGUGGCCGGUGAGUGUAUAUUUCUUGAUUUAGAGGUAUGUAAUUACUUUCAAUUUGUUUAUUUUUUUUGUAAUAUUUAUCCUGAAAUGGAAGAGUAUUUUAAUAUUCCAUUUGAAAUUAUAUUUAUCUUAAAUUUCCUUGGAUGGUGAAUAAUUAAAUUUGAGCACAUGCGUGUUUUGGAAGUGACUAUUUCUUUGGCAUUUGAUUGGUUUGAGUUUUGCAUUGUGAUAAAUGAAGAGAGAAAAAAAUAAUUCAAAAAGUGGCCUCGGCGGUCCUUUUAAAUCUUGUUUCCUUAUUUAUGUAUUAUUUUACUCUACAGUCCGGUAUGUGGAGGAAAAGCAUCUUUAACCUGGUUGCAAACCGCUAAUGAACCAAACAAAGAAGAAGAGGAACCAUCUUCAAUUUAAGUUUCGGAAACUUCACAGUGUGACACAAAGCGGAAGUAAACAAAAAAAAAAAUCUACAAGCGUUCGCUCGGUGCAAACGAUCAACCAAGUGGACGGCGAUACUUUGGUCUUCGUGUUGGAUUUAAUGUAGAAGUACAAUGUCCUCAGUUGAUUAUUUGAGACAGUUUGUAAGCGAGCGAUUAACCGCUGCUGCCGAGGAAAUAUUCGGAGUUUUUGAAAGAAUAAUCGUCGAGUACGAGGGAGCGAUGGAUCGCCAGGGCAGACUGUUGGAUGUCGUUUUGAACCCUGAGAUAAAAUUAAACAGAGUAGGUGCGUAAACCCGUGUUGGUUUAACAUCCAAAACUAUCUGAAUACAUUUGUAGUGAUUUGUUUAUGAUGACAUUUGCUCUGGUGAUUGGUGUCUUGAAUUACAAGCACAGUCGUAUUGUAUUUCAUGAGACUAUAUCCCCUUAGAGGUCCCACGACAGCCUGUCCGUACAGAGGAAAAAGAAGAGGUUUCAGCAGACCAGCAGCUCUGUAACCAGGAUAAAAACUCCAGUCCAGAACCAGAAGAACCAGAGCAUCCAGAGAUUAAAGAGGAGCAAGAAGAGCGAGAGGAGAUCUGCAGCAGUCAGGAGGGAGAGCAGCUUGGACUGAAGCAGGAGAUCGACAGCUUUAUUUUUAACCCUUCUUAUGAAGAAAGUGACCAAAGCGAACCUGGACUGAAUUCAUACAACGAGGCAGUCCCACCCAACUCUCAUGUGGCUGAGAGUCAGGAUCAAAAAGAAGACAAGUAUGAGGAGUUUGGUUUAACAAGUAACAAAGAGCAACAACCAGAGACGAGCUUAAGUUAUAAUUAUGAUGAACACAAUCCAAAAUUGACAGAGAUAAACCCUAAUGCCCCCACGAAUAAAAAGUCUUUUCAGUGUGACACGUGUGGAAAAGACUUCACAUGCAAAUCCAAACUGCAGAGGCACCAGAGGACCCACACAGGGGAGAAACCGUACUUGUGCAACACCUGCGGUAAAGGAUUCUGUGAUGUUUCAGUGCUGAGAAGACAUAUGAGUGUGCACACAGGUGAGAAGCCCUGCUUUUGCCCCACCUGUGGAAAGAGAUUUAGUGACCUCUCUGUAUUAAGAAGGCAUAUGAGUAUCCACACAGGUGAGAAACCAUUCACCUGUAAAGUGUGUGGAAAGGAUUUCAGACUUAGCAGCGUCUUGAAAGUACACUUGAGGACCCACACAGGGGAGAAGCCGCACAUUUGCAAGACCUGUGGGAAAAGAUUUUGUGAACUUUCAGUUCUAGUAAAACACAUGAGAGUCCACACAGGUGAGAAGCCAUUUACCUGUAAGACAUGUGGGAAAGAUUUUAGACAGAGCAGCUACUUAAUAGUCCACAUGAGAACCCACACAGGAGAGAAACCAUACACUUGUAAGACUUGUGAAAAAAGAUUCAGUGAUAUUUCAGUGUUGAUACGGCAUAUGAAGACCCACACUGGUGAGAAACCUCACCUUUGCAAGACAUGCGGUAAAAGCUUUAGUGAUCUCUCUGUGUUAAAAACACACAUGAGCAUCCACACAGGGGAGAAACCGUUUACUUGUAGAAUAUGUGGUAAAGAUUUCAGACUUCGUUGUGUUUUGAAAGUCCACAUGAGAACCCACACAGGUGAGAAACCGCAUCUCUGUAACACCUGCGGUAAAAGUUUCAGUGACCUUUCAGUGCUGAGGAGGCACAUGAGUAUCCACACAGGUGAGAAGCCGUUUGUCUGCCAAACAUGUGGGAGAGCUUUCCGACAUAAUAGUUACCUGACAGUCCACAUGAGGACGCACUCAGAAGAAAGGCCCUUUGUUUGCAAAACAUGUGGAAGAGAUUUUAGACACAUGAAUUCUUUGGUGAACCACAUGAAAACCCACACUGCUUAG